AUGGUGCUCCAGUCUAUGCGGCGGGACUUCGAAUUGAAGACACUCCGAGGGACGGCGGGGGUGCUGAACGCGUAUCUGCAAACAACGGAUGGCUUUGACGCGUUCUCGAUGUUUGCCAAGUCCGAGUUUAUGGUCGAAUUUGUGUUUGGGUGGCGCGCCAUCAUGGAUUACCGCACCGAAGCCCCCGGCCACCCCUCCGCCAUGGACAUUUACAACCAGUUCAUUGCCCCCAAUUCGCCCUAUCCGCUGGACAAUGUGAUGAAAGGGACGAUCUUGAAGCGAUACGCCAUAGCGUUUGAAAGCAACAGCAAGUACAGGGUCCGCCCCAACCAUUGUUGA